UGGUCACACUGUAUACGGCAGUCCGCAGAGCAGUAAAAAUUCAUGAAUAAUAAUGAAAAUAAAAGACGAAUAAUAAUCAAAAUACUAUUAUUAUUAAACGACACGGAACGAAACGGAAGUGCAAUUUGCAAGCGGAAGGGUAAACGAAAGUUGCCGACUUGCAUGAACUAUUUAACAAUUUUGCUGUGCAAUCGAAAACCGACGAUGCUCUCGCGCCGGAGCAAGGAAAAAUCGCAGGCACACAAAGAGGGCGUCGUGGGCAAGUAUGUGAAGAAGGACACUCCACCCGAGAUACCGGUGAUUAAUGUGUGGACCUCCUAUUCGGAUCAACAUCAACGUGCCAAAAAGAAAUCGUUGCAACGCUGCGCCAGCAGCUCCCCCAGCUGCGAGUUUAAACCGCGCAGCUCGAGCUCCAGUCGCAACACUUAUUCCUGCAAUGAUGCCCAACCGGAUUACUAUCAUGCGCGGCGCGCGCAAAGCCAGCUGCCCCUUAACAACAAUAAUAGUCAGCAUGUGCAUCAGCCUGCCCCGACCUCGUCUGUUAGUCAGUUUCGUGCUGGUAGCAGCAACAGCAGCAGCAGCAACUAUGUGAACAUUGAGCAAAUUGAUCGUAUGCGACGCCAGCAAUCGUCGCCGCUGCUGCAGACUCCAACGAGGGGAUUUCAGCGUAGUUACUCUUCUCAAAAGCACUCGCUUCCGCCGCCGCAUGUGGCAAAUACCAGCUACGAUUCGGAUCAGGGACUGUUGAACGCUUCUUAUGCAAAUAUGAUGCAAAUACCGAGGCGACCUCCAUCGCCAGCGCAUUUUGCCUUACAGCAGCAACAGCAGCAACUACAACAACAACAGCAGCAACAGCACUUGCACCAGCAUCAACCACUGCAACAGCAUCCGUCGACCUAUGGAUCGAUGUUGCGCUUCGAGCCAGCCAAGGAGCAUCAGCCACGCUAUCCACAGACAAGGUCACCGCUGGAACAGCAGCAGCAACAUCACCAACAACAGCAGCAGCAACAGUUGGCUGCUCAUAUGCUUGGUAGCUACUCCAGUGAUUCGUAUCCCAUUUACGAAAAUCCUUAUCGCGUCUCCUCGAUGCGUGUCACACAAUCACAACGCUCCGAAUCGCCCAUCUAUAGCAAUACAACAGCAUCGUCGGCCACGCUUUCGGCGACGCCGCACCAUCAUCAUCACCAGCAUUUGGCAGUGCCGUCGACUGGUUCGCUACGAGUUAGUGGACGCGACGGCAGCGUUGGCAGCGUGCGCGGUGCCUCUGCCUCGGUUCAAUCGCUUUAUGCGCCACCUUUGACGCCGCCAGCAUCGAGCACUUCAACUGCCGCUGCUGCUGGCGACAACAAUGGCAAUGGUGCAUUGCAAAAGGUCUCAUCACAGCAGUCGCUCAACGAGAGCGAGGAGCUGCCACUGCCGCCUGGCUGGGCCACACAGUAUACGUUGCAUGGUCGCAAGUACUACAUCGAUCAUAAUGCGCACACCACUCACUGGAAUCAUCCGUUGGAACGCGAGGGUUUGCCCGUUGGCUGGCGCCGUGUGGUGUCUAAGCUGCAUGGUACAUACUAUGAAAAUCAGUAUACGGGCCAGUGUCAACGUCAGCAUCCAUGUCUGACGUCCUAUUAUGUGUAUACGACAUCAGCAGAGCCGCCGAAAGCAAUCAGGCCAGAGGCAUAUGCACCGCCAUCGCAUACGCAUAAUGCAUUAGUGCCAGCGAAUCCAUAUCUGCUGGAGGAGAUACCCAAAUGGUUGGCUGUGUACUCAGAAGCGGACUCGUCUAAGGAUCAUCUGUUGCAGUUUAAUAUGUUCAGUUUGCCAGAACUAGAGGGUUUCGAUAGCAUGUUGGUGCGUCUCUUCAAGCAAGAGCUGGGCACAAUCGUUGGCUUCUAUGAGCGCUAUCGUCGCGCUCUAAUACUCGAGAAGAAUCGACGUGCCGGUCACAAUAAUCCGCAAUAAGAACGAUCUGGCAUACAUCGUAAAUACAUGAAGUAUCCUGUGCCUUUGCCCAAAACACUCAUACGCCGCAUACGCCACUCAGCACAAUAUAUCUAAUUUAUUUAUUAUUAUCAUUA